GUCUUACUGACUCAGAUACACACACAAGUGUGACACAAAAAAAAAGCACUCUUGAGAGCUGAAAAAAAACUAGAAAACAGUACAGAAGAAUUUUUGAUCCAUUCAAAAUGGAUUACUGGUCUCCUUCUUUCUCUGAUGAUGAAUUCAAGAAACUUGUCCUUCGAAUGAACCCCCCAAGGGUUACUGUUGAUAACACAUCUGACAAGAAAACAACUUUGAUCAAGGUUGAUAGUGCUAAUAAAAGAGGAAGCUUGUUGGAAGUGGUUCAGGUUCUUUCUGAUUUGAACCUUAUAAUCAAAAGAGCUUAUAUAUCUUCUGAUGGGGAAUGGUUUAUGGAUGUGUUUCAUGUUACUGAUCGAUAUGGAAAAAAGCUCUCUGAAGAUAAUGUCGCUGACCGCAUUCAGCAGUCACUGGGACAGAGGGGGAGCCGCAGCUUCCGGUCUUUGGAAAGAUCUGUGGGUGUUCAAUCUGCUGCAGAACACACAACCAUUGAACUGACGGGGCGAGACAGACCAGGAUUGCUUUCAGAGAUCUUUGCUGUUCUUGCAGACCAUAAGUGUAAUGUUGUAGCAUCAGAAGUCUGGACUCACAAUUCAAGAAUGGCAUCAGUUGUUUACAUAACCGAUGAAGAAAGCAGGUUGGCAAUAACUGAUCCUGAGAGGCUUGCCAAUAUCAGGCAACUGAUGUUGUAUGUUUUAAAAGGAGACAGAGAUUUGUGGGGUGCCAAUACAGCAGUUUCUGUUGGCUCCACUCAUACUGGAAGGAGGCUACAUCAGAUGAUGUAUGCUGAUCGUGAUUAUGAUAAAGAUGAUACAGAUUGUGUAUCGGUUGACAAUAGGAAACCUCUGGUAACUGUAGAAAGGUGUGCAGAUAAAGGGUACACAGUUGUGACUUUGAGAUGUCCAGACCGUCCUAAGCUGCUCUUCGAUGCAGUGUGCACAUUAACUGAUAUGCAGUUUGUAGUGUAUCAUGCUACCAUCAUUGCUGAAGGACCUGAUGCUUGUCAGGAAUAUUACAUUAGGCAUAUGGAUGGGUACCCCAUUAGUUCUGAAGCGGAGAGGCAACGUGUAAUUCACUGCUUGGAGGCAGCUAUCAAGAGGAGAACUUCAACGGGAAUAAGGCUGGAAUUAUGUGGAGAUGACAGAAUUGGGCUUCUAUCUGAUGUAACUCGCAUAUUUAGGGAGUACGGUCUUUCUGUUUCCCGUGCAGAGGUCAUGACAAGGGGCACACAAGCUGUUAACGCGUUUUAUGUGACUGAUACAUCAGGUGGUCCAGUUAAAAAUGAAACCAUCGAGGCUGUCCGGAAAGAAAUAGGUGUAACCAUUCUUCAAGUCACGGAUGAUCUCUACUCGGGUGCACCUCCACAGCAAACUUCCAGGUUCUCUUUAGGUAAUAUAUUAAGAUCAAGAUCAGAGAAAUUUCUCUACAACUUGGGAUUGACAAAGUCAUAUUCCUAACUUUAUUUCUAUUUCAAACUUAACUAACAUGUAAAGUUUGAAAUAGAAGUUCAUAGAUAGGCAGAGGCCUCUGCUGCCAGUUUCUGCUAGUGCUUAGCAUAGAUGUUCUUAGUCAUAGGCCAAAACUUUUAUUUCCAUUGCAAACUUGUAAAGUUUAUACUAAGCAAAUGUACAGCA